AUGCAUAAGUAAUAUGAGAAUGAUAAUUAUGAAUUAUCAAACUAAAGAAGAUAAAUCGGCCAUAGUUCAUCCUUAGAAUCAUAUAAUAUUAAAUUAUCUGAUAACGGUCAACAUAAACUCCCUCAUAUAUAUUCAGACAACUAUUAAGCAUAAGAAAGGAAUAAAUAAUUGCAUCUGCUCGAUUAGGAUUUGAUGAAAUAUUAGUAAUUGUAAUAGUAGUAACUCCAAUAAGAGUAAACUUAUAAUCCAAAUCAAAUUUCUAAUCAAGUGAUUAGACCAUAAUAACAUGUUUAAACACCUUUAAAGACACCACUCUCAUAAUCUUCCAAACAAUCAAAAUAAUCAAAGAAAUCUAAAUAAUUCAUCAAUCCCCUUCAUCAAGAAGGUCCUGGAUACUCUUACAUACAUCAAAGUAAAACAUAAACUCCAAAAUCAAAACAGUCAAAGAAAUCUCUACCUCAGCCAAUUGAGAUAAUAGAUUCCUCAUUCCAAUAGCUGAGACCUAAAUACAAAAAUUAUAACAUCUUAACAGGGGCCUUGCAUAUAUAAUGA